AAUUCCUUUCUGCUCCUGCUUGAGAUGUGAGAGACCCCGUGCACGUACCUGGAUAUAACGUCCAUUCCCUGCUUCUGGUUUGGGUCCGAACUACAGGAGAUCCUGUUGUGAAGUGCACAGUUCAGCCCAGCACUAGGUGAAAAUUCUCAGAGGAGCAUCCGUUUGACCUCAGGCUACCAGCCUGAGGGGCCCUUCAUGCCUCUUACAGGAGCUCCGGGAACCAGGAGAUGAAGGUCUUGGUCUGAGACAGCGCCACCAGAUCACAGAGCACAGAAGCCCCAGGAGUCAAGGCAUCUGCACCAUUAUCACCAAGCUCUUGGUGACCCCAAGGAACCUUGAAACAUCUUCAUGUUCAGAGGAAACAUCCCAGCAAGCUAGGAGGAGGCCACAGGGCCUGGCAGGUGUGCAGGUUUUAAAGCCUACGAGACAGGAAGUAGCAGCCACUGCUUCCACUGGCUCCUCAUUCUCCAGUACUCAAAUCCCUGCUACAGCAAAAGUAGUGUCUCUGGCUGGGAUACCAAGUGGUCCUCAGAAUCCUCAGGGCAUCUUCUGUCCACCAUUGCCAUGGCCUCCAGGCAAAGGAGGCAAUCUAGUGAGUGUUCCAGCAGGCAAGAAGAAGAUCUAUACACCUCUCAGCAGUCACUAGUCCUUCAGUUCUUGUGCCAUGUGUUCCUAGAUGACAAGGUAGCUAAAUUGUUGCCAAUCCUGCUCCUCAAGUAUCAAAAGAAGGAACUAAUUACCAGGGCAGAGAUGCUGCAAAUUGUGGACCAUGAUUACCAUGAGCACUUCCCUCUGAUGUUCAAGGCAGUCUGUGAGUGCAUGUGUCUGGGCUUUGGCAUUGAUGUAAGGGAAAUAGAUUCCUCUGGCCACACAUAUGUCCUUUUGCCUAUCUUGGGCCUCACAUAUAAUAGGAUACUCAGUGAUGAUUACAAGAGCAUUUCCAAAAUAGACCUCCUGAUAGUCACCCUUACUAUCAUUUUCUUAAAAGGUAACUGUGCCAGUGAGGAGGACAUAAGGGAAUUCCUGAGAACAAGGGAAAUGUUACCUCAGAAGGAUCACUUUGUUAUUGAGGAGCCCUGGAAAUUCAUCACAGAGGAUUUAGUACAAGAAGGAUAUCUAGAAUAUCGCCAGGUGCCCAAUAGUGAUCCUGCUUGCUAUGAGUUUCUGUGGGGUCCAAGGGCCAAGGCUGAGACCAGCAAGAUGAAAGUCCUAGAGCAUUUAGCCAAGGUUAAUAAGAGAGAUCCCAAGUCCUACACACGUCUCUAUGAGGAGGCUUUGAGAGAGGAGUCAGAGGCUGCCCAAUCCUGAGAUAAGGGGCAGUGAAGGGGCAAGGUUAGUGCCAGCGACAGGGAGUGUCCCUAACCGCAUCACUAUCUUAGUUCCCACCCCACAUGAAAUGAGUCCCAUUCUUCACUGUUUCUGGAUCGCACACAGUUUUCUGAGUGUUGAAGAGCCAGGUCAGGGUAAAACCCCACACAGGCAUCGUGAUGUCUGUCCUA